GUUCUCGGAAAUGUUACUCAUAUACAGCCAAUCAGGACAGACUUUGCUGCUGCGGCGUUAUUUGACUUCACAGAGCUCCUGGUGUGGAUGCGUGAGGAAAGUUAGCUGAACGGUUUCCUGCAACUAGUAUGCUGCCCUGCGAUUAAUGAUGAAAUAAAAUGACAUAACGUUUUGACAAAGAGGAUCUUUAAAGUAAGUCUUGUCAGCAGAAACAGGACCUCUGCAUUCGUCAGCUCGUCUGUGGAAAAGUCCUUCCAAUGUCUUUACUAGAGGAUGUUCUGGAUGUGCUCCGCGCCGUCCUCGAGUAUUUUGGUGUGCCUCCAGACAUGCUGGUUCCAGUGUGGGACAGUCAGCUCUGCGGUCAGUACCGCAGCAUUGUGCGGAUGAUUGGGACCAACCUCCCACUGACUCCUGCACCACGGGUCCACUUUCAGAUCCCCCUGCACACUUACAGGCCUCAUGGCCAUGUUGACAUUGCUGUGGAUGCACCCAUGAUCCCUUCGCUUGCUGAUGUACUGUGGGUGGCAGAGGAUGAGGGGGAGAGCUUUGCUAAGAUCAGGAACCAGUUGCCUCCAAAGGGGCAGAGCACCGUGAAUACAGAGGUGGUGAGAGGUCAAGGACUUGUCCUGAAUCAGCCCCAGAGAGGAGGCAUGUCUCUCAAGCAGAGGACACAUCCUGAUGCCCUGAGGAAGAUCACAGCCCUGGAGGAGGAGCUGCUCAAACUGAGAGCUCAGAUAGCAAUGAUUGUUACUGCCGCACCAGUAUUAGGUUCCCAGAACGUCCCUGGCACUCCUCUGAUGUCUCCUGCCCCUCCUCCAACUCUCACCUCCACCCCUCGUUGUGCUCCUCCUCCUCCUCCACCACCACCACCGCCUCCCCCCUGCCCCACCUCCUCCACUGACACUCCCUCUGUGUUGGACGUGAUCCGCCAGCGCAGGAAGGCUGGGACUCGUCAUGCCCAGGGGAAAGGUGAGGAGCCGAGCCUGAGCAGGGCUUUGGAAGUGAAGGGCAUCCCCUCCAUGCUGGAUGUGCUCAAGGACUUGAAUCAAGUGAAAUUGCGCUCGGUGAAGAGGUCGCCAGGUGGGACACCAGUGAGGAGGAGGCGCAGUAAGGGCGGUGCUGCUUUGCUUGGUGACCCUGCUGCUAUUAUAGCUGAAGCACUAAAGAAGAAGUUUUCCUACCAUCACCACAAUAAUUCCUCUGACAAAGAGAAUUCAGUAGAGCUAUCACCGUUUGGCAGUCCAGAAAAACCAUGGGUUCCUCAGCACAGCAGACUCAGCCAGGGACGCCUCCACCUGUGACCUCAUUCAAACGGUGACCUCGAGGCAUGAUAAGACCCCCGUCCAGUCAGCCAGUCAUGACUCCCACUGAUCACUCACUGAACGAUUUAUACCGCAACUACUGACUUGCCUGUAAUUUUUUAUUUUUUGUGAAAUGUGUAAGAGUAAUGCUUACAGAAAAGAGUGUUUUCAUGACAUGAAUUUGUUGUGUUUGACUUGGAAAGUUUGAAUGUAUUUUGUUGUUGAGUCAUACCUGUAAAUAUUUUUGGAAGCCUACAGAAGUUUAGUGUUUCUUGUGUUAUCAACAAUGAAAUAUAAAUGUGCAGAGCUCCUUUAAAGGAAAUAUUAAAUUAUGUACACAGUUUUUUUUUUUUUUGUUUGUUUGUUUUUUGUUUUUUUUAAAUGAAAGUAUUUUUACAGUGAGUAUUUUUACUCCUGUAGCUCUGUUCUAUGCAACUGCUAUUUGAUGUUUGUGUGUUUUUCUCUGCUGCUGCCCUGGUUCAAGUGCACUGAUCUGAUCGAUGUUGACUGUUCUUUUCAUAUUUUCUUUAGUUCAACUUGUGCUCCAAUCCAGUUAUUAAACCCUGCUCGCAGCAUAUUUGACAGCUGGUACUGCAGUUAUACUGAAAAUGUUAAUUAAAUGUUUGUACAGUAAUGUGUUUUUUGUUGGCCUGCAAAUACAAUAUUGAUGAGG